AACUACUGUUGUGUUGAUCCAGAUUUAUUGUUGUUUUUCUGUUUGAUGGAAACAGUUUGAGUUCUAACUACAUUCCAACUGUAUUUAAUGGUGUUAUGUAGUUGUGUUGUCAUGUGGUGAAUGUUGUAUUGUAGUAACCCUCAACUGUAUUUAAUGGUGUUAUGUAGUUGUGUUGUCAUGUUGUAUUGUAGGAACCCUCAACUGUAUUUAAUAGUGUUAUGUAGUUGUGUUGUCAUGUUGUAUUGUAGUAACCCUCAACUGUAGUUAAUGGUGUCAUGUAGUUGUGUUGUCAUGUUGUAUUGUAGUAACCCUCAACUGUAUUUAAUGGUGUUAUGUAGUUGUGUUGUUAUGUUGUAUUGUAGUAACCCUCAACUGUAUUUAAUGGUGUUAUGUAGUUGUGUUGUCAUGUUGUAUUGUAGUAACCCUCAACUGUAUUUAAUGGUGUCAUGUAGUUGUGUUGUCAUGUUGUAUUGUAGUAACCCUCAACUGUAUUUAAUGGUGUUAUGUAGUUGUGUUGUCAUGUUGUGAAUGUUGUAUUAUAGUAUGCCUAACCCUCAACAUUUUCUGGUGAUGGAGAGAGACACAGACACAGCAACAGUAUAGGAUAUGAUGGAGAGAGACACCAGACAAUACACAGAGACAGCAACAGAGGAAUAGGACAUGAUGGAGAGAGACACCAGACAAGACACGGAGACAGCAACAAAGGAAUAGGAUAUGAUGGAGAGAGACACAGACAAUACACAGAGACAGCAACAGAGGAAUAGGAUAUGACGGAGAGAGACACCAGACAAGACACAGAGACAACAACAGAAUAGGAUAUGAUGGAGAGAGACACCAGACAAGACACAGAGACAACAACAGAAUAGGAUAUGAUGGAGAGAGACACCAGACAAGACAGAGAGACAGCAACAGAAUAGGAUAUGAUGGAGAGAGACACCAGACAAGACACAGAGACAGCAACAGAGGAAUAGGAUGUGAUGGAGAGAGACACCAGACAAGACACAGAGACAGCAACAGACGACACAGAGAAAGUGAUGGAGAGAGACAGAAGAAUAGAGUUCCAGACAGUUGUAGAAUGUAUUCCAAGUCACAUUGUAAGAGCUAUAAAGAGAGAGGGGGAGAGAACAGGCAGAACCUGAUAUGUAAAUGAGCAGAGCAAAUGAAACUAACUUUUGACGACCCGAUGAUCAUCCAGACUCUGUUUCUAUUGAGAGAUAAAAGGGGUCAGUGCUCUAAAAUGAGUCUCUCUGGGGAGAGAAAGGAGGUGGGCCCUGCCUCUAAAAUGAGUGUCUCUGGGGAGAGAAGGGAGGGGGUCCCUGCCUCUAAAAUGAGUCUCUCUGGGGAGAGAAAGGAGGGGGGCCCUGCCUCUAAAAUGAGUCUCUCUGGGGAACAUGACACCAAAGCUAAGAGACCAAUCCAGCAGGAGAGACCAGCCUCCCCUGUUCCCAGCUGUGUGUCCAUGAAGAGUGACUGGUCUAUGGAACCUCCUCUAACCUUUAGAGAGGGAGACUUUUCUACUGAACAAAGAAACCAACAGGAGAGAUCAGAGUCAGAGAUUCUCAGUGGUCAGUCUUCCCAGAGUCAUCAAACAGACCUGGCCUCCAUAUUCAGUUUGCUUGAAGAGAAUAUGAUGACAUUUGUGAAGAACGAGCUGAAGAGGUUCAAGAGGAUUCUUAGUCCAGAACUCCCAGAAGGCUUUGAGAGUCAGAAGCAGGAUAAGGAAGUGGUGGAUGCUGAAAAUGAGAAGCAGGAGAGCAGUGCCAGAGAGGGGGCUCUGAAGAUCACACUGCACAUCCUGAGGAAAAUGAACCAGAAGGAGCUUGCUGACACACUGGAGAAAUAUUCAGAUGAUCCGGCUGUGAUUUGCCAACGUGAACUCAAAUCUAAUCUAAAGAAGAAGUUUCAAUGUGUAUUUGAGGGGAUCGCUAAACAAGGAAACCCAACACUUCUCAAUAAGAUCUACACAGAGCUCUACAUCACAGAGGGUGGAACAGGAGAGGUCAAUAAUGAACAUGAGCUGAGACAGAUUGAGACAACAACCAGGAAACAAGCAAGACCAGAGACUGCAAUCAAAUGUAACAACAUCUUCAAACCCUUAACUGGACAAGACAAACCUAUCAGAACUGUGCUGACAAAGGGAGUUGCUGGCAUUGGAAAAACAGUCUCUGUGCAGAAGUUCAUUCUGGACUGGGCUGAAGGAAAAGCAAAUCAGGAUGUCCAAUUUGUAUUUUCAUUCCCUUUCCGGGAGCUGAAUUUGAAGAAAGAGGACAAACACACUUUCAUUGAACUUCUCAAUCACUUCUCAAUGGAAACCAAACAAUCAGGAAUCUCCAUCUACAACAAGUACAAAGUUCUGUUCAUCUUUGAUGGUCUGGAUGAGUGCCGACUGCCCCUGGACUUCCAGAAGAACAAGAUCUGUUGGGACGUCACAGAGUCAACCUCAGUGGAUGUUCUGCUGACAAAUCUCAUCAAGGGAAAUCUGCUUCCCUCUGCUCUCAUCUGGAUAACUACCCGACCUGCAGCAGCCAAUAAGAUCCCUUCAGGGUGUGUUGACCAGGUAACAGAGGUACGAGGGUUCAAUGACCCACAGAAGGAGGAGUACUUCAGGAAGAGAUUCAGUGAUGAGGACCUGGCCAGCAGAAUCAUCUCACACAUAAAGACAUCAAGGAGCCUCCACAUCAUGUGCCACGUUCCAGUCUUCUGUUGGAUUUCUGCAACAGUCCUUGAACACAUGCUGAAACAUGAGAGAGAAGAGAUGCCCAAUACUCUGACUGAGAUGUACACACACCUUGUGGUGUUUCAUACCAAACAGAAGAAUGAAAAGUAUCUUGGGAAAGAAGAGACAGGUCCACACUGGAAUAAAGAGAGCAUUCUGUCACUGGGAAAACUGGCUUUUCAACAGCUUGUGAAUGGCAAUCUGAUUUUCUAUGAAGAAGACCUGAAAGAGUCUGGCAUUGAUGUUAAUGAAGCCUCAGUGUACUCAGGAUUGUGCACACAGCUCUUUAAAGAGGAAUGUGUGCUGUACCAGGACAAGGUGUACUGCUUUGUACAUCUGAGCAUUCAGGAGUUUCUGGCUGCUGUAUAUGUGUUCCUCUCAUUCAUCAACAACAAUGAGAAUCUAAUGGACAAACUGCAAACAAAAAACGAGCCUGAAGUUACUUUCUACAAGAGUGCUGUGGACAAAGCCUUACAAAGUGAGACGGGAAACCUGGACCUUUUCCUCCGCUUCCUUCUGGGUCUCUCACUGGAGUCCAAUCAGAAGCACUUACGAGGUCUACUAACAAAGACAAGAAGCAGCUCACAGAGCCAUGAAGAAACAGUCAAGUACAUCAAGGAGAAGAUCGGGGAGGAUCUCUCUCCAGAGAGGAGCAUCAAUCUGUUCCACUGUCUGAAUGAACUGAAUGACCAUUCUCUAGUGGAGGAGAUCCAAAGCUACCUGAGAUCAGGAAGUCUCUCAGAACCCAACCUGUCACCUGCACAGUGGUCAGCUCUGGUCUUUGUGUUGCUGACUUCAGAAAAGGAGCUGGAUGUGUUUGACCUGAAGAAAUACUCCAGAUCAGAGGAAGGUCUUCUGAGGCUGCUGCCAGUGGUCAAAGCCUCCAGAGCUGCUCUGCUGUCAGGCUGUGGAGUCACAGAGGAAGGCUGUGCUUCUCUGGUCUCAGCUCUGGAGUCAAACCCCUCACACCUGAGAGAACUGGAUCUGAGUAACAACGACCUGAAGGAUUCAGGAGUAAAGCUGCUAUCUGCUGGACUGGGGAAUCCCCACUGUAAACUGGAGACUCUGAGGCUGUCAGGCUGUCUAGUCACAGAGGAAGGCUGUGCUUCUCUGGUCUCAGCUCUGAGGUCAAACCCCUCACACCUGAGAGAGCUGGACCUGAGCUACAAUCACCCAGGAGACUCAGGAGUCACACUGCUCUCUGCUGGACUGGAGGAUCCACACUGCAGACUGGAGAAACUCAAUGUGGAACAUGGUGGAGAGAACAGAAUGAAACCUGGACUUAGAAAAUAUGUCUGUGAUCUCACACUGGACCUAAACACAGUAAACAGACACCUCUCUCUGUCUGAGGAGAACAGAAAGGUGACAUGUAGGAGAGAGGAGCAGCCGUAUCCUGAUCACCCAGAGAGAUUUGAGGACUGUAAACAGGUGCUGUGUAGAGAGGGUCUGACUGGGCGCUGUUACUGGGAGGUAGAGAGGAGUGGAGGGGCUGUUAUUGGAGUGACAUAUAAAGGAAUCAGCAGGAUAGGAAGGGGUGAGGACUGUUGUCUUGGAUGUAAUGACAAGUCCUGGAGUCUGAUCUGCUCUGACAACCGUUACAGUUACACUGCCUGUCACAAUAAUAAUCUCACUACCAUAGACGUCCCCUCCUCCAGCUCCCACAGAGUAGGAGUGUAUCUGGACUGGCCAGCCGGCACUCUGUCCUUCUAUAGAGCCUCCUCUGACACACUGACCCACCUGAUCACAUUCACCUCCACAUUCACUGAGCCACUCUAUCCAGGGUUUGGGGUUUGUUUUUACUCCAACUCAGUGUCUCUCUGUCAGUGAUACACACUUUGGACUUUGGGGACUUUGAAAUAAUAUUAAUAUAUUAUAUUAUAUAUAUAUAUAUAUAUAUAUAUAUAUAUAUAUAUAUACUUACACACACACACUGGACACACACACACUGGACACACACACACUGGACACACACACACUGGACAAAAACACACACUGGACACACACACACUGGACACACACACACUGGACAAAAACACACACUGGACAAAAACACACACACACACACACACACACACACUGAACACACACACACUCACACACUAGACUCACACACACACACACUGGACAAACAAACACACACACCUGCUGGACACACACACACUGGACACACACACUCACUGGAAAAAACACACACACACUGGACACACACACACUGGACACACACACACUGGACACACACACACUGGACACACACACACUGGACAAAAACACACACUGGACAAACACACACACACACACACACACACACACUGAACACACACACACACACACACACACACACACACACACACACACACACACACACACACACACACACUGGACAAAAACACACACUGGACAAAAACACACACUGGACAAAAACACACACUGGACACAGACACACUGGACAAAAACACACACACACACACACACACUGAACACACACACACACUGAAAACACACACACACACACACACACUGGACAAACAAACACACACACACACUGGACACACACACACUGGACACACACACACUGGACAUAAACACACACUGGACAUAAACACACACUGGACACACACUGGACAAAAACACACACACACACACACACACACUGAACACACACACACACACUGAACACACACACACACACACUGAACACACACACACACACACACACUGGACAAACACACACACACACACUGGACAAACAAACACACACACCUGCUGGACACACACACACACUGGACAAACAAACACACACACCUGCUGGACACACACACUCACUGGACAAACACACACACUGGACACACACACACUGGACACACACACUGGACACACACACACUGGACACACACACACACUGGACCCACACACACACUGGACAAAAACACACACUGGACCCACACACACUGGACCCACACACACUGGACAAACACACUGGACAAACACACACACUGGACAAACACACACACACACACACACACACACACACACACACACACACACACACACACACACACACACACACACACAGGACACACACACACACUGGACACACACACACACUGGACACACACUGGACACACACACACACACAAACACACACUAGACUCACACACACACACACUGGACAAACAAAAAAACACACCUGCUGGACACACACACACUGGACACACACACACACUGGACACACACACACUGGACACACACUCACUGGACACACACACACACUGGACACACACACACUGGACACACACACACACUGGACACACACACACUGGACAAAAACACACACUGGACAAAAACACACACACACACACACACACACUGGACACACACACACACUGAACACACACACACACACACACACUGGACAAACAAACACACACACACCUGCUGGACACACACACACACACUGGACACACACACACACUGGACACACACACACUGGACACACACACACACUGGACACACACACACACUGGACACACACACACUGGACACAAACACACUGGACACACACACACACUGGACCCACACACACACUGGACAAUAACACACACUGGACCCACACACACUGGACAAACACACUGGACAAACACACACACUGGACAAACACACACACUGGACAAACACACACACACACACACACACACAGGACACACACACACACUGGACACACACACACACUGGACACACACACACACUGGACACACACUGGACAAACACACACACUGGACAAACACACACACACACACACACACACACACACACACACACACACACACACACACAGGACACACACACACACACAGGACACACACACACACUGGACAAACACACACACUGGACAAACACACACACACAGGACACACACACACACACAGGACACACACACACACUGGACACACACACACUGGACAAAAACACACACUGGACAAAAACACACACUGGACACACACACACUGGACACACACACACACUGGACACACACACACUGGACACACACACACUGGACAAAAACACACACUGGACAAAAACACACACACACACACCGGACACACACACACACUGGACACACACACUAGACUCAUUCACACACACACACUGGACAAACAAACACACACUGGACACACAAACACACACACCUGCUGGACACACACACACUGGACACAAACACACUGGACCCACACACACACUGGACCCACACACACACUGGACAAAAACACACACUGGACCCACACACACUGGACCCACACACACUGGACCCACACACACUGGACAAACACACACACUGGACAAACACACACACACACACACACAGGACACACACACACACACAGGACACACACACACACUGGACACACACUCACACUGGACACACACACACACUGGACACACACUGGACACACACACACAAACACACACUAGACUCACACACACACACACACUGGACAAACAAACAAACACACCUGCUGGACACACACACACUGGACACACACUCACUGGACACACACACACUGGACACACACACACUGGACACACACACACUGGACAAAAACACACACUGGACAAAAACACACACACACACACACACACACUGGACACACACACACACUGAACACAUACACACACACACACACUGGACAAACAAACACACACACACCUGCUGGACACACACACACACUGGACACACACACACGCUGGACACACACACACACUGGACACACACACACACUGGACACACACACACACUGGACACACACACAUACACACACUGGACAAACAAACACACACACACCUGCUGGACACACACACACACUGGACACACACACACACACUGGACACACACACACACUGGACACACACACACACUGGACACACACUCACUGGACACACACUCACUGGACACACACUCACUGGACACACACACACACACUGGACACACGCACACACACUGGACACACACACACACUGGACAAACACACACACACUGGACAAAAACACUGGACAAACACACACACACUGGACAAAAACACACACUGGACAAAAACACACACUGGACAAAAACACACACUGGACAAAAACACACACUGGACAAAAACACACACACACACACCGGACACACACACACACUGGACACACACACUAGACUCAUUCACACACACACACUGGACAAACAAACACACACUGGACACACAAACACACACACCUGCUGGACACACACACACACUGGACACACACACUCACUGGACACACACACUCACUGGACAAACACACAUACACACACUGGACAAACAAACACACACACACCUGCUGGACACACACACACACUGGACACACACACACACACUGGACACACACACACACUGGACACACACACACACUGGACACACACACACACUGGACACACAAACACACACACCUGCUGGACACACACACACACUGGACACACACACUCACUGGACACACACACUCACUGGACAAACACACAUACACACACUGGACAAACAAACACACACACACCUGCUGGACACACACACACACCGGACACACACACACACUGGACACACACACUAGACUCAUUCACACACACACACUGGACAAACAAACACACACUGGACACACAAACACACACACCUGCUGGACACACACACACACUGGACACACACACUCACUGGACAAACACAGGACACACACACACACUGGACACACACACUCACUGGACAAACACAGGACACACACACACAUGCGCGUCUUCCUAUAAUUGUGAUUUUUACCCAGGACCUCUUACAAAAACACUGUUAAAAUACCAAUGUGAUAAUUUGUUUUCUUUUAUUGUUGAUUAACAAAUUGUAUAAUUAUAUACAAUUAUAUAUGUACUUCAUAGUUGUAUAAGUUUACAAGUAUAUAUAUUGUACUUUUCAUAAUAAAACAUACUUGAAAUAAGAAAAGG